CCCUGCUGUGUUGGAAAGUUCCGGGUGUGUUCGGUGCAGGCGUGUCCGGACUGUGCGGUAUGGAGACGCGGUGUUUAUCGUUUCUGCUGGUAUGUGUAUUGUCUGUUUAUCAUGCCGCAGCAGACGACGGCAGGGUUAAAAACAUGAAAAUGCAGUAUACUGGAAUGCCACUCUUAAAAUUUCACAUUUGUGUAUCCUGAGGAUAUAGGCGGGUGUUUGAAGAGUACACUCGGGUUCUCACCCAGAGGUACCCAGACAUCCGCACAGAGGGAGAAAACUUCUUGCCACAGCCCAUAUACAGGUGGGUGACACUUCUUUCCUCUGUCUUUAAACUUGUAGUCAUUGGUUUAAUUAUCCUGGGUAAGAAUCCUUUUGCAUUCUUCCGUAUGGAGGCUCCAGGGAUCUGGCUUUGGGCACAAGAAAAUAAGAUAUAUGCCUGCAUGAUGGUGUUCUUUCUUAGCAACAUGAUUGAAAACCAGUGUAUGUCAACUGGGGCCUUUGAAAUCACACUGAAUGAUGUGCCUGUAUGGUCAAAGCUUCAGUCAGGCCACCUGCCCUCCAUGCAGCAGCUGGUGCAGAUUCUGGAGAAUGAGAUGAAGUUGAGCGUGCACAUGGACUCUCUACCCCACAGACGUGCAUAAUACUGCAGGAAUCGAAAAGACUGAAUGGGCCCUGUGUGUGAGGUCUUGUGUGAGGUGGCGUUAAUGAAGGUUUGUACUGAAGGCGUGUCUGCUGGUGCGGACUGGAUGUUCAGCCCCUCUCACUGUUUCAUGAGUCCACAGCAGCUCAGAUGUCCUUGGUUUAAAAGUACAGAGGAAAUGGGAUUGUCAUCCGUUAUUAUUUUGUAGUCAUUGAUCAUUGAAUAACAUGAAAUCAGUGUUAAAUACAGUGUUUUACCUGUUUAUUUUCCUGAAAACUAAUUUUGUUUUCAGUAUAUAGACAAAUCUGGAUGUUCAAACAUUCUCUCUCUCUCUCUCUAUUGUCUUUUUUUUAACUGUAAAAGUUGCCAGACUUGUUUAUUCCACCCAAUGUUUAUCAUGAGUUUUUUUUGCUAUGUCAAUGUAAACUCUAGCUAUUUCAAGGCAAAGGUAGUCUUUAAAAUGUGUGUAGGCCUACAUAAUAUUAAAUAAAUACAUAUGUACAUAUCAUCAAGGAUGUACUUUGUUAUAAUAUUAUCUUUGAUCAUUUUUAAUAUUCGUUUAUACUUGGUUUUGAAAUAAAAUUAA